AUGAUUUCUGCAUCUAAAACGUUAUGGACUUACAGUCGUAUAGCUGCAGUAUUUGGUCGUUUCCUGUUGAUGAUACGGCCGUUUACCGCCGUAUCUAGUCGUCGUAAUGCUCGACCUGGGAAAUCUGUGUGCGUGUAUCCACCCUCAAGCAUCAAUCUGCAAUAUCUAUCAUUAAAUAUUCAAUAUUUUAUAUUCGUUUUCAGUGAUGCAAAAUGUGUUCACAUCGAUCAACAGCAAUAA